AUGGCGAGGCUGAUCGACAUCCAUGCCCGUAUCAAUGUGAUGUACGAGGAGGCACAGAUUAUUCUCGGGGGACGGCGCGCCGUAGAGGAUGGCCGGUGGGAGGAAUACGUGCGACACACGCCAGGCUGGGAGAAAUACGAUGUUCAACUCCCCGGCUCAUCAGAGGGAGGAGGCCAGCCGGCGCAAAAUGAGCAGGUGGAACUCUACCAGGCGGAAAACGAGCAUGUGGAACACGAGCCGGCUGUCCAAGUGCAGCAAUCAUCGGAACAGCAGGCGGGUAGUGGCAGGUCAGAAGUUCAAGAAACACCGGAGGAGGGAAUUACCGGUACACCGGUUAUCCCUGAGUCACAAUAG